AGCAAAUCAAAUCAAUGGAGGAAGAGAAAGCGGCAGCAUACUACGAGGAGCUCACUCGCAAAGGCAGUGGCGCCGCUAGAUUUAAACAAGGUCUUGGAUUUUCCACUUCUUCAUCCGCCGGCACCACCAAUAGCAACCAUAACGACGCCGUACCUGCCAGAGGCUCGGCUCUACCCUCUUCUUCUUCGUUCCUCAGCAGCUUCGUCAAAGCUUCGAGUCCUUCCAAGUCAUCCGACAUACAAAAGCAAGUUCAAAUCGAAUCUAUCCAAAACAAACUCAAGAAGAAACCUAAUUCUUCUUCUUCGUCUAGGGUUUCGGAUGAUCAUCAUUCUCGAGGUAGAGAAAGUGAUAAGCAUUCUUCGAGGCGUCGAAGGAGCAGAAGUAGAAGUAGAAGUAGAAGCAGAAAUGGUGAUGAGCGAUCGAGGAAUCGGCGUAGGCAUAGGUCGAAUAGUGGAGAUAGAGAUAGGUAUGAAGAUAGGGAUCGUUAUAGGGAUAGAGAGAGGGGAAGAAGGAGAAGGAGUAGGUCUAGGAGUAGAAGCGUGUCUCCCCGGCGUCGGAGAUCGGGAAAAAGCGUAAAUGAUGUCGAUGAUGAUCGGAAGGCUAGAAAGGAGAAAACUGGUAGAAUUGAUCAUGCAAAAUUGAUUGAAGGCUAUGACACAAUGUCACCAGCGGAAAGGGUCAAAGCAAAGAUGAAACUUCAGCUUUCUGCAACUGCCAAACUGGAUGAAGCAAAUGGCAUGGGGUCAGGAUGGGAAAGGUUUAAAUUUGACAAAGAUGCCCCACUUGAUGACGAGGAGAUUGAAGCUGCUGAAGAUGAUGGAGAUUUGGUUAAGCACAUCGGCCAAACUUUUCGCUUUUCUGCUGUCGAGGCAAGAAGGGAGGAGAAGAUUAAGGCUACCCACGAUGAGGCUAUUUUCGGAACUUCAUCACUUGCACCACCUGUUGAUACAGACAGUGAAGCAGAAGGAAACGAUCACGCAAGAGAAAGUCCCGAAACUGCCCCUGCUGCAAGUCUUAUAAGCGAUCAGGUUCGAACAUCGCAACAAGGCUCGUGGCGUGAUCGUGCUCGCCGAGCUUGAUUCAAGGAUGAAUCAAUUGGUUGUAUGCAAGUUUAAUCUAUCGUUUGUAGACCGUGUGUAAAAAAAGUAAUAGACGUUGUUCGAAGAUUCUUUUUUGUGGUUUUUCAUGUGAAAUUUGUGUGCAAAAUAACGAAAUUAUGGAACAAAAUAUUACUUGUG